CUUCCUGGAUUCAGGAUUGACCACUCUUCCGAAGACCGUCGCCACCUGUCUGUCGGAGGAGUAAGCUCUGUUUGGGUCCUCCUGCCGUAAUCAGCUUACCUUUUUAAUCAAGGUGGCCAUGGCAGUGCCUUAAUUUCUAAGCGAGCUCUUGACAAACGUGAAAUGUGCUCGAGUUGGUGCGGCGAAGUCUCUCUCGCAAAUCACUGAAAAAAGGCUCAACAAUAACCGCGAGGCUGUGAACUAGUUCGAAAUUAAUGUUUCAUGUGUCGGUGUGCUUGAUGUGUCCCUUUGUUUUUGUGUUGGAAGUGUUCGAAUAUGUGUAAUGUACCGCCAAAGUUUUAUCAGCUCUGUCGUCUUUGUUUAUCGAUAGAUAAGGAUGGUGUUGGGAUUUUCGAGGAUGCAGGCGCCCACGACGACCUCCCGGCCAAGAUAAUGACGUGUCUCUCCAUCCUGGUUGCCAAGAGCGACCCUCUGCCGCACGUCAUCUGUGUGAGAUGCAUCGAACAGCUUGAAGCUCUCUACAGGUUCAAAGAGGUCGCCCGGAAAGCCGAAGACCUCCUCAACCAAUUCCUAACGUAUACGAAGCAGCUGGCCGGAACAGCAGAGGAGAGGAUGGAACGCACGAAUGCCGUUCUAGAGUCAAUGAUGAACGCCUCCACUAUCCUAAAAGCCGAAGAUACACCCAACAGUAUUACAAUCAGUCGAAAAACCGAACCGGAAUCGGCGAAAGAGGACCAAAAACCGCCCACAACCGAACCAACAGACUUACGAUAUCCACCAGAUAGCGAACCGAAUAGUAUACCCUCACCGUCGAUAGCACCUAAUUUUGGUGAGGGUGCUAUGCAAAUCGACGAGUGUCCCAACCAACCGGCCGAUUUAUCGAACAAGAAACCGGAAAAUCUCACCUGCGUGCCGGAAAUAGAUUUUAUCAAAGAGGAAGUCAACGAUAACGCCUCGGAUUAUAGCAACAGCUCGGAUCCGGAAAGGCUGGAAGUGGACAUGUCGCAGGGCGUGGAGGAGCAUUCCAAUUCGACGACGGCGAGCGCGACCUCCCCCAUUCCUGACAACGUCCAACCCGACGAAGAGGCGUCCUUAUGGCGUGCCCUGUCCCACAACGGUUACAACCCCAACGUGCCCUUGAGCGGCGAAGCCAGCCAACUACUCAGGAAACUGAUAACGUGCCGAAAAUUAGGCAUGAGUAUAACCCCAGCUCCUCCUUUCGUCCUCGAUAACCGAGUAAACUCCCCCAGCGAGCCCCUCAACAUGGAAACCAACUCCAAACCGUCGACGGGCCGAAGAAAACAGAGUUACCCUACCAAAGCCUCAAUUGAAGAUUCUAGGAGUCCGGCUCGCGACGACGGCGAGGACUAUAUCCCCGACUUCACUGGCAACAGCCCCUGGUGCAACCUUCAAAUAGUGAAAGGAGGCAAAGGUGGUGCCGGAAUGGCGCGACGAGUUGAUCUCUCGUGCACGAAUUGCGGGACUCAAACCACGACUAUAUGGAGGAGAAAUAUGAAGGGAGAAAUGGUCUGCAAUGCUUGUGGUCUCUAUUACAAGCUUCACGGUAUUGAUAGGCCGCAUACGAUGCGAAGGGAUACGAUCCACACGCGACGUAGACGUCCUAAAGCUGCAGAAGCGAGGAACGAGAAGGACAAGUGCAGGGAGUACGCGACUAUCAAUAAUCAGUUUAAAGCGCCAAAAAAAGGGCACGGUAAUGCAGAAUCCGCCGAUACUGAAGACAUGUUGAGUGCGUUGAGACGACAGAUACAGCCUCAUUUGGUGAUGGCAUUGCAGGGACAUAAAACCACCGCCUAUCCUCAUUUACAAGCAGCCAACUUUGCCCAUUUCUUGCCGACGAGCGGUUCCCCCGGCGGCUCUGCCCCCGAGGCCGAGUCCGAUGAGGAGAGUAUAGCGGAUUUGCCACUAAAUCUUGUCUCAACUCAAAUGACGGAAACGGAAAGUCAUUGAAACGAUUACCAGUGAUACCAACUACUUAACUAGAUACGUACAGAAAAAGCUUGGUUUAUUAAAGUGCACCUAACUCGAUUCUUUGGUUACUAGUUUAGAUUUUUGAUUACUUAUUACGGAGCUCUCUUGAUUUUUCUCUCGACCCAGUUUUGUAGAUAUUUAUUUAUUUUUUAUUUUAUGAUUCAGUACUUAUUUAAUAACAAAUACUCAGUUCUGUUACGUUUAACUUAAAUUGUCUUUUUCACCAAAUGUGAUAUUUUUCCAUGAUGCAUUACCAGUACCGACACCGCAACCAAAUUUUUUGCUUGAAGCCAGUAGUACCUUGUGUAUUUUUUUAGUUUGUAAUCAAUACUCAGUAUUUUAAGAGAUCUUCACUGUUAUCGAAAUUCGACCAAAAUACUCAUUAUUUAUUCUCUUAUUUUGAUGUGAUGCGAAUAAUCUUAAUAAUAAUCAAAUACUCUUUGAUGGUUAAUUUUUCAUAAUGAAACUUAAUAAAAUGUUGUAAAGGAGUUUAUUAAUAUUUUGUAGUUAUUUAGCUGUUAGGUUUUUUAUAUAUAUAUUUGAUUGUAUUUAAGCUUUUUCUUUGUCGCGACCCCUUCUUUUUUGUUCUGUGAUUAUUUAACAGUUGCAAGCACGUACUACUCAGUAUUAUUAAAUAAUUACAGAUCAAUUAAUUAGAUCUAGACGUAACCUGGUAGUAUUAACAUUAUGAGUGAUAUUUCUUUAAUAUUUAACCCAUUUAAUAAUUAACUUAUUAAAUCCAAAAUCAGUAUUUUAUACAUUUUUUAUUUUUUACUAAGCUAUAUUGCCUUAGGUCUUAGUUGUGUUAUUAAUUUUUAAUUAUGUUUGGCAGCUAUGCCCGCAGCUUGAUAAAUUGCCGUAAAUGUUGCCCUUGUUCAUGAAAAUUGUUGAUUUUUGUUGGAACUCGAAUGUUUUGAGUGGUUGUGAUAAAACUUGUUAAAACGAGCGCGAGCUCAAGCGAAAAUCACCGAACUUGCGCUCUCUUGGUGUGUUGAUUUUUCUACAUUUUUGUCUAUUUUUCUCAUAUAUAUUUUGUAAAGUGUUUUCUUAAAAAUAACUGUAACGUAUUAACAAAUUGGCUAAUAGAAUUUUAGAAUAUUUUUUUACAAAUAAACGCUGCAAUUACUUAA